CACCGGCUUCAACGAGCAACAAGACACCCAACCACAACACACACACAUUGACCGACACGAUGGGGGACCGGCACACGUACUUCUUGCGGCGAUCGGAUAGCAUGACGUCGCUGGCGUCGGUGGCGUCCAUGGCUGGGGAUCGCAAGCACGGCACGCGCGACGCACGCGGGGCGCUCAAGCUCGACGUGCGCUUCGAGAAGCCCAAGCCAAAGGAGAAGACCGAGGGCACCCUGCACAUCCUUGUCAAGGAAGGGCUUGGCCUCGUCAUCAACGAGCCAUACGUCAAGCUGUACCUCAGCAAGGACGGGAAGGACGUGCGCGGCACCAAGCAGAAGACCAAGCCACACAAGAAGCAAGGGCGCCCCUUGUUUGAGGAGCGCUUCGUCUACUACCUCAAGAAGGGCACCAAGUUUGAUGCUAACAACCGCCUGCAAAUCACCGUGUGGGACCACGCCCGCCUCGGCUCGAACGAGUGCGUCGGUGGGUUCUCCUUCGGCCUGGACGAGCUCGUGGGCAAGGACCGCCUCUUUGGCUGGUGGCAGCUGCAGCCGGAGGCGGACGGCCGCACCUUCAACGAGUUUCUUGGUGAAGAGGACACGCUUCGACCGGAGGAGCUCGUGCGCACCUCCAACCUCGCCCGCCACCCAUCGCAGAGCAGCCUCGCCAGCACAGCCUCCAGCACCGGCACGACGCCAACCAAGCACGGCGGCGGCAGCAAGCUCAGGCUGAAGGGCGUGUUCCGCAGCAGCGGCCGCAAGAAAGGCAAGAGCGGUGCAUCACCCUUGGGCACAUCCGGCACAAAGGACGGUCGCUCCGAUGACGCAUCUGGCGGCAAGAAGGAGGACGAGGAGGACUUUGAAACCAUGGCUCGCUCCUUUGCGCGGUUUGCACAGCCCGUGCCCUCCCGCACGCCCGACGACAGCACCAGACAGGAGCACAAGCAGGAGCAAGACAACGAUUCAGCAGCCUCGGCAUCUGAUGCUACAGCCACCUUGCCCUCAUCCACUUCAGGUGCAAACGGAGCCACCCAGCAGCAACAGCAGCAGAAGGAACAACAACAGCAGACGGAACAGCAGCAGCAAGAUGCAAGUGCUUCAAGAUCUACCCCUACAACCACGUCCACGAGCACCACGGCGCCCACGUUGCCAACACCACCGCAGCGGGCGUCCCCCAUCACGACCGGUGACGGCAGCCGCAAUGGAUCCACACGGCGCAGACAAGCAAAGCUGCCCGUGCCACCAGGCCAACAGCAGAACCAGAAGCAACAACAACAGCUGCGGCAGCAACCUGCCAAACAGCAACCAUCGCUUCCUACCAGGCCCGUAGCAGCAUCAGCAACGUCAACAGCACCCGAAUAUGAUGCCAGGGCGCCCGUGCUGGUGCUUGAUCGUAAACAAGGCGACACCACCAGCCGCGAUGGUGACGACGACGAUGAUGAUGACGAGAUUGACGUGGAUGCAAUGGAUGAGGAAGAAGAAGCGAAGGUGAAGGAGGGGGAGGAGAACAAAGAGAAGGGAAGCGGUAUGGGAAAGGACGAGGAGGAAAAGAGGGUGGCAAGCAGAGCUGAUGAGUCUGCUGCUGCUGCAGAAGUGACGCACAAAGCAGAGGCAAAGGGUUUGGAGAAACAGCCCAUCGUGCGAGCACAAGAGGGCAAGCCAUCCGCCGCCAGCCAUGGCGACACCCCUGGUGAGGCGCGAACGCAGCCUUCCCCACCACCAAUACACCCACAGCCAGAGACCCCUCACACCACCACCAGCAGCAGCAGCAGUGCCAGCGCCACAGCAGCGAACCGGCGCCAGCAAGACACAGCACCGAAUGAGGGCAAGGGCUUACAACGAUCGGAUUCGCUCACGUCCCUCGUGUCGCUCCGCCCAGACCAGAUUGUGUCGAGCGGGCUUGUGCGCGGGACUGUGCAGCUGUGCAUUACGGCAGCCGCCCCGCAGCGAGGCAGGCGGCGGCAGGUCGUGGUGGACGUGCUGUCCAGUCGGUCGCUGAUUGCAUCACGCCCGUACUUGAAGGCGUACGUGAGCAAAGGCGGCAGCGACAUCAAAAAGACAAAAUGGAAGAGCGACGCCGGUGCGCGCGAUUCCCACACGCUUCCCAAGUCCAAGGCGGUGAUUGAGCUGCCUGAGAGCGCAGUGCAGCACCCAGCGAACCACCGGCUGCAGCUGGCGGUGUGGGACCGAGCCCGCCUGCGCAGCAACGAGUGCACAGGGAGCUUCUCCUUCUCCAUCUCGGACCUCAUCCGGGACGGCACGACGCGCGGGUGGUUUCGGCUGUUGCCGUACCACACAGGCCGCACCACGCACGUGCGUGAAGACGACGAGGACAACAACAACAACAACAACAACAACAACAACAACAACAACAACAACAACAACAACAACAACAACAACAACAACAACAACAACAACAACAACAACAACAACAACAGCGCCGAUGCCACCUCCACAGCAAGCACGGCACAACCUGCCGUUACAGUGACUGACAGUGCUGAUACAAGCACGGGCACCGCGCACAAGGGAGACGCAAACAGCAGCGGGGAUGCUGCUGAUGGUGGUGCUGGCGGUAAUGGGCGUGAUCAUGCGAGUGGGCCGUCCCUCGCGUCUGGUCUUCGCCGGACAGGGUCGCUCACCUCGCUCGUCUCCGUGGCGUCGGCAAACGUCGUGUCUGCGUCGACAGUGGAGGGGGAGCUGAGCCUCAACAUCCACUACGAGCCAUCCACGCGCGGUGGCGGCAACAAGGGCAAAGGGCGCGUGGCCGGGCAUGUGCAUGUGACCGUGCGGGAGGGCCGCAGCCUAGCAGGAAAGGACACGUAUGUGAAGCUGUACUUGAGCGAGCGCGGCAAAAACGUGCGCUCCAGCAAGCACAAGACGCGCGUGCAGCGGCGAACGCACAACCCCGUGUUUCAGCAGAGCUUCAAGAUGCCGAUCGGAACAGGGGUUGCCCUUGAUGACGACACGCGGCUGCAGGUGACGGUGUGGGACCACUCCCGCAUGCGCACCAACGAGUGCCUGGGCGCCAUGUCCUUCUCGCUGCUGGAGAUUGCAUCGACCACCACCAUCAUGGGCUGGUUCCAGCUGCUGCCCUACGAGCAGGGCCGCGUUGCCCACACGGCAGGCACAGCCAGCGUUCGCUCCUCGCCGCGCGCGUCCAAAGGAAACCUGGACUCCUCGUCCAUCACCAGCGGUGCCUCUGGCUCUGUGGACGGCAUGGCGCCGACAACCAGCGGCACAACCAUCAGCAGCGCCGUGAGCGGCGAUAGCGGUGGCGGUCGCAAGCGCAAACCGCUGUUUGGCGGCGGGGGCAAGGCGCGGCAGAAGGAGGUGCAGGAGCUGAGGCAGCAGAUGGUGUUGGCUGAGGCCAACGAGCAGCGACAUGUAACUGAGAAGGCAAUGCUGGAAGAGAAGCUGCAGAGGCUGAGGGAAGACCACCAGCGGCAGGUGGAGAGCUUGGAGCAGCAGGUGCGGGAGCUGAGCGGCACCUCUGGUUCCUCGCAGACGCUGUUGGAAGAGAAGGAGGAGUUGGAGGUGGAGAAUGCGCGAUUACACAAGAUGCUUGAACUGAUGCAAGCAGACGCACGCGAACACCGCGACCAAAUCUCCUCCCUUCGCGACAGAGUUGGUGACCUGACGACGGAGAUUCGGGGCCUGCGGGCGUGGAAGACGGCGCUUGUGGACGAAGUACUGCGACUGGAUCCAAAGGCGUUCACGCGCGCAUCCAUUGCAAUUGCAAACUCCAUGAACGAGUGA